AUGGCGUCUGUUCCGACUGAAGAUGAGCGCACACAGGUGUUGAAUGCGUACAAGGCCAAGGUCAUGGAGCACCGUGAGAUGGAAAGCAGAGUUAAAAGUAUGCGCGAGAAUGUCAAAACUCUUGUACAAGAAUUUAACAAGACCGAAGAUGAUCUCAAAGCAUUACAGAGCGUGGGCCAAAUUAUUGGCGAAGUGCUACGUCAGCUGGACGACGAUCGUUUUAUUGUCAAGGCUUCAAGUGGUCCACGUUAUGUCGUAGGAUGCCGUGCCAAAGUGGACAAGAGCAAACUAAAGUCGGGCACUCGCGUGGCGCUAGACAUGACAACGCUCACCAUCAUGCGCUUUCUGCCUCGCGAAGUGGAUCCAACAGUAUACCACAUGCUGAACGAAGACGCUGGUAAUGUAUCAUUUUCAAGCAUUGGUGGUCUGAACGAUCAGAUCCGUGAGCUUCGCGAGGUCAUAGAGCUACCGCUUACGAAUCCGGAGCUAUUUUUUCGUGUUGGUAUCAAGCCACCCAAAGGUGUGCUUUUGUACGGCCCUCCUGGUACGGGCAAGACCUUGCUAGCUCGUGCGCUAGCUUGCAACAUUAAUGCCACUUUUCUUAAAGUUGUGGCUAGUGCUAUUGUUGAUAAGUACAUUGGUGAGAGUGCCCGUGUGAUUCGUGAAAUGUUUGGAUACGCUCGAGACCACCAGCCAUGUGUCAUAUUUAUGGACGAGAUAGAUGCGAUUGGUGGAAGUCGAUACUCGGAAGGCACGUCCGCUGAUCGUGAGAUUCAGCGAACGCUUAUGGAGCUGCUUAACCAACUGGAUGGUUUUGAUGCUCUCGGACAAGUCAAGAUGGUCAUGGCAACCAAUCGACCGGAUAUUCUAGACCCCGCAUUGCUACGUCCAGGCCGUCUUGAUCGCAAGAUUGAAAUCCCACUACCUAAUGAGGCCUCGCGCAUGGAUAUUCUUAAAAUUCACUCGGGUCCUAUUACCAAGAAGGGCGAGAUUGAUUAUGAAUCUAUUGUAAAGCUCACAGAUGGCUUUAAUGGUGCCGAUAUGCGAAAUGUUUGUACAGAAGCAGGCAUGUUUGCGAUCCGUGCCGAUCGUGACUACGUUGUCGAAGAGGAUUUUAUGAAAGCUGCGCGAAAACUGGGUGAAACAAAGAAGCUCGAAUCUAAGAUGGAUUAUAGCAAAGUUUGA